CCUCUCUCUCUCUCUCUCUCAAAAUGAGUUCCAUCCAAAGUCCCUUGCAUUCUCACGUCCUGUUCCUUCGAAAUUUGAGCCAACACUUCCAAACCGCCCAACAAGAAAUACGAUCUGAAGACGAAGCCUUCCUGCAGUGUGAAUUUUGCGAAGAAGAUUUCAUAAUGGUAGCACUUCUAUUUACUGUUGUGAAAAGUGCGGGUUUUACAUUCACACAUCAUGUGCUAGAUCAUCUUCUCUUCAGAUCCAACAUCCUCGUCACGAGCACCCCUCGAGCUUUACCGAUUUAACCCCUUCUCACAAGUGCUUGAUGACGAGUCCGGGUAUUUCCGAUACCGAUGUGUCGAGUUCGACCGUGGGUGCGACUUCGAGCUCGACACUACCAUUGCGAUGAGAACCCUGCAGGUUGAGAAGUACUAUUGUUCGAUGCUGCGAGAGGCCAGCGAUGGAGAAUCUCGACUGCAGUUCGCUCAUGAACAUCCAUUAACCACCUUCCCCGUGAGAACGGGAAAGUUUCCUGCGGAGGUUGCAAGAUGCGGAUCUCGGAGGAGGAGGAGGCAUGCGGAUGCAGGGAGUGUAAUAUCUUCCUCCACGAGGCAUGUGCCAAGGCACCCCUGGAGAUACAACACCACCCUUUCCACCCCAAGCACCCUCUCUACCUCUCUUACGAUUCAUCAUGUGAGGGUGAAUGCCAUGCAUGUCGCUCUCCGGAUGACAUCCCCAUAAGGUACCGCUGUGAGGAAUGCAAAUUAAUCUUCCAUCUGUCUUGUGUGAUUUCGACUAUGCCUCGUGAUGAUGAUGAUGAUGAUGAGAGAGAGGACAUCAGUAGACGCCCAUCGCUGAUCGAUCAUCCUCUGCAUCCGCAUCAGCUCUCCUCCUACCAUUCCAAAACCCGGACAAAGAUCGAGUGCCGUAUCUGUAGAGACCAGAUUCCGUCGGAGGACUUUUUCGGUUGUUCAGAUUGCUCAUUCUUCCUUCAUGGAUCAUGUGCCCAACCACCUAUAGAUGCGAUUCAACAUUACCUUCACCCUGAGCACACUCUGACCUUCGCUCAAUGUCCCGAUGAGAAGGAACACAAAUGUGCAGUCUGUGGAUCUCUAGUAGAACGUGAUUCCUAUUGCUACACCUGUCAAAUGUGCGACCUCUUGAUCCAUCCGUUUUGCGCUUCUGCCACUCUCUCGGAUCUUGAGAAAGGAGUGGCCUUGACGGUUCAGUUACCUUUCCAUGAGCAUGAGCUGAAGCUUUAUCGCAAUAUUAAGGACUUUUGCACAGUUUAUUACAGGACUUGCACAGUUUGUAACAGGAAUAUAUGGGAAAAACUGCGGCGUACAAAUGCUUUUCCGAAGGAUGCGAGUUUAAGCUCCAUAAAUCAUGUUUGCAGCUAUCGUCCCACUUGGUACACCCCUCUCACUCGCUACAUGCGCUCACCCUCUGCUUUUCAUCUCCUUAUAAAGAUACUGCGUGUUACCUUUGCAACGAGAGAAUCAGAGGCACCUUCGCUUUCUCGUGUGGAGAGUGCAAGUUCUAUCUCCAUGUUGACUGUGCUCAAAAACCGACUCUGAAACAUCCUUUCCAUGAGCACCAUCUCUUCUAUUUUAGUGAGAUCAAAAAGCACCGGAUUGCGGAGGGCAGGCAAAACAACCGCAAGUGCAGGGCCUGCCAUAAAAGUUGCGGGAUCGACUUCUUUUCGUGUGAGCAGUGCGAUUAUACUCUUCACUACGAAUGUUCUCAGUUACCGCUGACUAUAAAAUCGGAGCAUCACAGGUUACUGUGGGCCAUUAGUCCUCCGCGAAUCGUUUAUUGAAGAUGAGAGGGCAGAGUACUACUGCGA